UUAUAUGCCGCCAGUGGCGCCAAUAAUGGAGCUAUUAGCGGGCUGGCUGUGGUAGGUCGGCCUGGGUGGUCGUCCAGCUGAUCUCCGCCGCCCGGCAGUCGGCACGGCGCGAGCGCAGGCGAGCGAACACAGUGACCGGAGCAGGCGGCGGGCGGUCGCGAGCGAAACUGGGCCGGGCGAGCGGUGCGGCGGCGGACUGUGACUGCGACUGUGACCGGCCUGUGAGCGCGACAGUGACUGACCUGUGACGGGCGGCGGCGCCCAUGGCCGGCGGCGCUGACCGUCGCUGACCGGCGCGACAUGAGUGCCUCGGAGGAACAGGAGGGCGAGCCGGCCGGCAGCCCCGGCUCGCCGGCAGAGCCGGCCGCCACCGACUCGGACUCGGCCGCCGAGCCGGCCGCACGCGCCGCCGACUCGCCCGCCGGCCGCAAACGCAGCUCGUUCAUGAUCGCCGACGUGCUGCGGCCCAGCGCGGCCGACGAGCCCGAGCGGGUCGACUCGACCGGCGAGUCCAGCCGCGACGCCGAGCACGACGAGGCGUCCAAGGAGGGCGGCGAGUCGGCCGGGGAGGGGCCGCGGCCGGCCGACACCAGCCUCAGCAUCCUGGCCAGCAUCCAGCGCAUCGUCGAGAACCACGCCAAGCUGCUGGAGGCGCGCGCGCCGCCGCCGCUCGACCGCCGGAAGGCGAGCACGGCGGUGCGGCCGGCGCCCGACGAGCCGCGGCCGGCGGCGGCGGCGGCGGCCGAGCGCCCGCCGCGCCGGCGGAGCGCCAGCCCCCCUCCGCCGCCGCCGGCUCACCAGCAGCCGCUCAUCAACUCGCGCCUCAACUUCUCCAUCGACAACAUCCUGCGGCCGGACUUCAGCCUGGCGCCGGGCCUGGCGCAGCUCAGAGCUUUCCAGGCGGCGGCGGCCGGCCAUGAGCGGUCUGAGCCGGUCGACCUGCGCAGAGGGGGCGGCAGUCCGCGGGCCAAGUCAGUGAGCUCUCCGCCGGCCGGGGCGCCCGGUACGCCCGGUACGCCGGCCGCGCCCGGCGCCGACCCGUCCAACAACAGUCGGUGGCCGGCCUGGGUGUACUGCACGCGCUACUCGGACCGACCCUCGUCAG